UUCAACGACGAUUCUGAAGAUCAAAUAUUUAAUAUAUAUUUAAAUAACUGUGAAGAAGAUUUUGGACAUCGUGCAGAAGCUUAUAGAAAUAUAAAAAUGGCUGAAAGAAAGAAAAAUCGAAAACGAACAAAAGCUGAAGCAGAUCAGCUGUUGUAGAUAACGACAUCGGAUACUAAUUUCCAUCAUAAUUAUAAUCUGUAGAUAAGAAACAGUCCACAAGAAACAAUAGUGAUCAUCAGACAUUUUUAACUCAUUUAUAUAGAAUGGGUUGCAUUUUUUCACGUAAGCAGAAAACGCGAAAAUCAAGGAGAGAUAUAGAAAAACCUUCUGUAUCUACUUGGAUAGAUAAUACAAGAUGUUCAACUUCCAAUCAAUCUCAAAGAUCUGUCUUAAAUUUUGCAAAUCAACAACAAAAAUCAAUUAUUACAUCUCAAAUAACAACUGAAAUUAACAAAUAUCCAAAACAAUCGAUAUCUGUUAUACCAGAUAAUAAAAUAUUUUCAACUUUAAAGCAACCUGAAAGUUCUGGAUCAAAUUUUUUAAAACAACAGACAAUUCAAAGAACAGUUAUUUUACCUCAAACAACUUUUGAAAUUAACAAAUAUCCAAAACAAUCGAUAUCUGUUAUACCAGAUAAUAAAAUAUUUUCAACUUUAAAUCAACCUGAAAGUUCUGGAUCAAAUUUUUUAAAACAACAGACAAUUCAAAGAACAGUUAUUUUACCUCAAACAACUUUUGAAAUUAACAAAUAUCCAAAACAAUCGAUAUCUGUUAUACCAGAUAAUAAAAAAUUGGCAACUUGGAAUCAACCUCAAAGUUCUGGAUUAAAUUUUGCAAAACAACAGCCAAUUGAAAUACACAGUUCACCUCAAAUAAAAAAAGAAGUUUCAAAUUAUUAUAAAACUUUAAAAAAACAGGAAAUAUUUCAAUGUAAUUUACAAUUAAAGUCUUCCAACGAAGAGAAUUUGCAAAACAAUAAUAUUAUCAUAGAAACACCUUGGAUAAUUGAUAACGCACAAAGCACUGACGAUUCAACCGAAGUCGAAGAAAGUGAUUUAAAUCUAAAUAUUCAUGGUUUACCAUGUAUUGAAUGGACUGAUGCAGAAUAUAUCAGCGAUGUUGGAAAUAUUAGAUAUCGAAUUGCGAACAAUAUUGUUGAACUUUUUAAAGAGGACAACACAAUACCCUUUAUUGCAAGAUACAGAAAAAAUAUGACCGGUGGAAUGGAAGCUGAAGAACUUAGAACAAUCAGAGAGCUUUAUGAUCGAGCCAAAAUAAUUAGACACAAAGCUGCGACAAUUAUUAAAACUAUUGAUAAACAGGGAAAAUGGACACCCGAUAUUCACGCUGUUGUUAAAUCAACAAAAUCACUUAAUGAUUUGGAACAUAUUGCCUCAAUGUUUAAAACAACAAAACGUUCUUUAGCCGAAAAAGCACGAGAACUUGGUUUGGAACCUGUAACAAAUGCCGUUAUUCAAGGUCAACAACUUCCAAAUUUAUAUACUUUAAUUAAUCCAAUUAAAGAUGGAUUAAAAUCAGUGAAUGAAGUAAAGGAAGGCAUUGUUCAUAUUUUAUCGGAUUUAAUCAGUAAAGAUAAAACAUUAUUUGAGAAAAUUCGUGAAUUACGUAAAGUAACACAAAUUCAAAUUGAAGUCUCUGAAGGAAAAGCGGCAAAAGAAGAAGCUGCAAAAAUUAACAAAGGUAUUCCUGAAGAAAAAAAAUUUAAAGGAGGAAAGAAAAAUUUCGAUUCUCAAAAAUAUGAGAUAUAUUACGAUUUUAAAUCUAAUGAAAAUCAUAUUAAAUCAUACCAAAUUCUAGCAAUAAAUCGAGGAGAAUCGGAGAAAUUUCUUCAAGUAAAAAUUUUAAUUCCCGAUUCAUUUGAAAGAGAUUUGAAAAAUCAUGUAUUAAAUCUUUAUCAAAAAUCAGUGCGUUGUACACAAAUGCAUCGUGAAUUAAUUCACGCUGGUUAUGAUUAUUCAUAUAAAAAAAGUAUUAAACCAGCAAUAGCGCGACGUUUUAGAAAUGAAAUGAAUGAAAAAGCUGAAAUUGCAUCAAUUGAAGUGUUUGCGACAAAUUUGAAACAAUUAAUACUCACUCCUCCAUUUAAGGGUAAACCAGUGUUGGGUAUUGAUCCGGGAUUUUAUCAUGGAUGUAAACUUGCAGUUGUAUCGGAAAAUGGUGAUGUUAUUAAAACAAAAACAAUUUUUCCUCACAGUGGACGUGUUAAGGAAGCUGAGAAAACAAUUAUUUAUUUAGUUGAAAAAUUUGAAUGUACAUCUGUUGCUUUGGGAAAUGGGACUGCUUGUCGUGAAACAGAAAAAUUCUUAUCCGAUUUAAUAAAGUCUAAGGCUUUUGGACAUUUGGAAGUUUCAUUUACUAUUAUCAAUGAAGCAGGAGCGAGUAUUUACAGUUGUAGCGAAGAAGCAAAAAAAGAAUUCCCUGAUAUGGAUCCAAAUCUAAUUUCGGCAGUUUCAAUUGCAAGAAGAUUACAAGAUCCCCUUGCCGAGUUAGUUAAAGUAGAACCAAAACAUUUGGGAGUUGGAAUGUAUCAGCAUGAUGUUCCCGAAAAACAAUUGGAUAUCACUCUUAAUUCCGUUGUAACUGAAGCUGUAAGUUUUGUUGGUGUUGAUGUAAAUACAGCAUCUCAUUGUUUAUUGAGGAAAAUUGCUGGUUUAAAUGCAUUAAAAGCAACGAAUAUAAUUGAUUGGAGAAAAAAAAAUGGAAGUUUCACUAAUCGUGUUCAACUUUUGAAUGUGAAAGGAAUUGGAAAUAAAACUUAUGAGCAGUGCGCUGGAUUUAUAAGGAUUGUACCUGAAACUGCUCUUGUUUCUGGAAGUAAGUCUAAAUUAAGUAAACCAUUAAAUAAUUUAGAUCAAACAUGGAUUCAUCCUGAAUCUUAUGAUAUUGCGAAUAAAAUUAUUCAAUUUUGUCACUCUAAUAUUAAUGAUUUUGGUAAGGAAACUUUUAUUAAUUGUGUAAAGACACAAACAAAUUUGGCGUUUGGAAAUUUAGCUAAAAAAUUUUCAACUGACGAAGAGACAAUUGAAAUAAUUGUGAAAGGUUUAACGUCAACGAAAGGUUAUGAUAUAAGAUCAAAAUUAAAUAAACAAGUUUUUAGAAGUAGUUUAACUACACUUGAUAGUCUUAAAGCUGGUUCCACUUUAAAUGGAGUGGUGAGAAAUGUGACUCAUUUUGGAGCAUUUGUUGAUACGGGUGUUUCUCGUGAUGGUUUAAUUCCUAAUAAAUAUAUGAAGGGUAUAACUUUAGGAAUUGGUCAAUCAGUUGAAGUCAAAGUACUUUCAGUUGAAAAAGAAAGAAACAGAUUUGCCAUCGAGUUAAUUAAAGUUAAUUAAAGCAGGCUGUAUUUUUUUACAAGACUACCAAAUAUUUUUAAGUUUACUUAAGUUUCGUUUAAUGUAAAAAAACAGUGUUUUUAAAAAAUGUUAAGAUUAUUUUAAAACUGUUUUCCAGUGUGAUUUUGUUUAAUCGCAAGAACCAAAAUAUCUAAUAUUAAUUAUAAGAUAUUUAAAUAAGUUUGUUGAACUAUAUUUUUCUUCUUAAAAAAAAAUAAAUAAAUUAUACAAGAGUUGUAUAAUAUUUUUGUAUGAAAUGACAAUAAAGUUGUAUAAAAAAUAA